AUGAUGGGAAAUUGUAACAAGAUUGGUAAGUAGGACAACAGUUUUCUUGGAACCUUUGAGGUACUUACUAUCACGGGCUGUGUUAUUAUUGAAGAAAAGUGAGAUGGCCAAGUGAUCGUGAACUAUCUUGUUCACUUUGAACGCUUGUAUUUAGUUACUUGGAGUUAUAAUGUAUAUUAUUAUUACAUGUAUUAUAAUAAUAAUUAAUAAGUACUAUAAUAUUAAUAUUAUUAAUAUUAUAGUAAUAAUAUAUAGUAAAUAUAUUAUUAUAAUAUAUAGUAAAAUUAGUACUAUAAUAUUAAUAUUAUUAUAUUAAUAUAAUAAUAUAAUAUAAUAUUAUAAUAUAAUCAGUAUAUACGUCGAUGAAUUAUGAUGAAUUUUACAACAUACUUGAUAGUUUUUGAACAAAUAGUUUGUUACUUGUUGAUUUUGUAGAUGACAAGCAGGUAUUGCUUUUAAUCAUCAGUUUCUCAUUAAUUUAUAAUUUUCAUAAUUUACAGUUUUCUUGGAAUAAUAUACAAAUUAAAAAUUGUUUAGGCGAAAUAAAUAUUCUUCAAUCUUUCACAAAUGCACAAGUAACUUUCAUAACACUUUGUUCAAAUUUCAUUACUUUUAUUAAAAUUCUUCUUAUUACCACGAUCGAUGAUAAAUUUCUUCUUCUUUAAGUAUUGACAAUUGAUGUUGAGGGGAAAACUCAACGAGUCAAUGACCCGCCAAAUUCAAAUUUCAAAGUAUAAACUCGAUCAAAACAUGAAUGAUCAUCGUCUUAUUCGUAUCGAUAGUUUAUUACAAUUUCUCAACCGGUGGUAUAAUUUCACAAACGUACGUCAAUAACCUAGAGAAAGCAGGCUUGGAUAUGUUUUAUUUGAAACGAAAAGAAAAAAAAUAUAGUAAUUUGAAAUAAUUAAACCAUUACGACAAAUGACUAAUCUAGCUAAAUAUGCAUUCAUCUAUUUCCCCUAUCGCGGACGUAUACACCCUUCUUUUCCAGUAACCUAGAUUUUAAAAUGAGCAGUAUAAAUGUUUAGGCUGGAGUGGUUAGUCGCGAUAGAGAUAAUACCGGAGAAAACGUAACGGAAGGUUACGUCGACGGAAAUGGAACGUAUAGACGCACUAUUAUACAUGUAUAGAGUACGGAUAUAUUAUGUACGUAAUACUGGUCGGAACAAUGUGGUUGCUUGGCUGAGUGGCGCGACUUGGCGUGUGGCGCGACAUGAUGGUGGUGGUAGUGGUGGGGGUAGCGUGGCAGUGCGUACAACAAGAGAGGAACAAUUUGCUUACGAGAACAUUUCGUUUUUCGGACGCUGUCCAGCGUGCAUGCAACAGAAAAAUACGAGAGAAGGAUUGUGUAACAUGUUCGCUGGUGCGAACGAAUCGAAACGAUGGCUCAGGGAUAAUAGGAUACUCCUGAGUGUUACAAACGAAAAUGGCAAGACGAAUUAAAAAUAGAAAACUAUUUCUUUUUCGUAGACAUUCGAAAAAAGUGUACAGAGACUUUUUAUUAUUUAAAACAAACUUUGUUAUUUGUUAUUUAGAAAAUUAAGCAAAUAAGCUUCUAUACAGCUUUAUGAUUUCUCUUAUUUAUUUUAUAAUUUACUUUCGAUUGCUCCUUUUUUUAAUUCCCAAUGAAAUUUUUAUCCAUCUUCGACGACAAUAAUGAAAGAAAAAUUGUCCUAUUUUAUAAAUAAUUAGCGUCAGUUAUUACAUCAUUUAAAAAGUUUACGAUUGUAAAAUGAGUGACACUCGAAAUUCGUAAAUACUGUAAAAUGUAAAUUAAAUAUGUAGGUUAUAAUUUAUAUUAAUGAAAUGUUAGAUUACAAUUCUAUAUUUCAUGAUUAUUCUACUUUAUUUUAUUAUAUUCAACAAUUUUAUGUCACAUAUUUAUAAUAUAAAAUACACAUUAAACAUCAUAUUUUGUAUUACAAUUUAUGUUAGUUCGUAGUUCAUAGUUGCAAAUUACAAUUUGUGUUAUAUGUUAAAUAAUAGUUUUAUAAUUACUUUAUUUCAUUAUAAUUUAUAAUUUUUAAUUUUGUAUACUGUUGGUUGUAAUUUGCGUAGAAGUAUGUAAUCACCGAAAAAAUUGUUAAUCAUUCGCGAAAUAGUUGGAGUUGUUAAUACGUAUAUGUAGCAAACGAUAUGCACCCGUCCUGAACCGGUUGAACGGAAACGUUAGGUUCGAUACAUUUACUUAAAUACGUUAGCGUGUGUUCAAUGAUUUUUCUUUUCUCGUUCGAUGGCAAUGCUAUAUUCUUUUAACAUUUUUACCAUUUUAGUUCGACUGUAAUAAUUAAUUUUUAAUUUCGUUCUCUUUCUCACCGUGGCAAAUUACGCAACACUUCGUUCUGUACGAGCGAAAGUUUAGAAAUUACUUAGAAUGAAACGUAGGUUUGCCAGCGACGAUUUUUUUAACAGCAGCUUUUUAAGUUUUGAAUUUUUUUUCCUCUGAUAGAAGUAUGCCUAUGCUAAUCAGUUGAACUCUUUGUGAAACUAUAUGCAGUAUAUACACGCAGUGUUCUAUAUAUCCGCGAUUUUAUCAUCCUGUACAGUAGGUAUUUUAACUCGAUCUAGCAUCAUCACUCUCAAAAGCUGAUAGUAUGAUAGUCACAUUAUUACCCCUUUGCUACGUACGUAUAUUUGUGUCUAUUAUUCCUUGUAUUCACUUUACAGAUUUGUAAAUACAUUGGGAACACAAAGGGUGAGCUAUCUAACGUUAGAAACAGGAAAACUUUCUGGUAAUUAGAGUGGAGGACAGAAGGAAGUUUAAGCACCAGAUAA